UCUCUCAUCUCCCCCAGUUACAGAGUUACAGUCAGUCCCUAUGGAGCUCCCUACUGUAAUCGCUCUCUUCUUCGCCAUUCUUCUAUCGGCGACGGUAGCGUACGGGGUAUCUUCCGAUCAAAUCGACGGCGACGAUCUUCUGAUUCGUCAAGUCGUCUCCGGCGCGGACGAUCGUCUCCUGACCGCGGAGCAGCACUUCGAGAACUUCAAGCUCAAGUUCGGAAAGAGCUACGGCAGCAGCGAGGAGCAUGAUUACAGGUUCCGCGUCUUCCAGGCCAACCUGCGCAGAGCGAGGCGGCACCAGAAGCUCGAUCCCGGCGCCGUCCAUGGCGUCACUCGGUUUUCCGAUCUCACGGAGGCGGAGUUCCGUUCUAAUUUCGUCGGAGUGAAUCGGCUCCGUCUUCCAGCCGAUGCUCAGAAGGCUCCGAUCCUUCCGACGGAGGAGUUACCCUCGGACUUCGAUUGGCGUGACCUCGGCGCCGUGACGCCGGUCAAAGAUCAGGGUUCUUGCGGCUCGUGCUGGUCUUUCAGUGCUGUUGGAGCGGUGGAGGGAGCUAAUUUCUUGUCGACGGGAAAUCUUGUUAGUUUGAGCGAGCAACAGCUUGUGGAUUGUGACCAUGAGUGCGAUCCGGAGGAAUAUGGUGCAUGUGACGCAGGGUGCAAUGGGGGACUAAUGAACUCGGCCUUCGAGUAUAUUUUAAAAGCUGGGGGACUAGAGCGAGAGGAGGACUAUCCUUACACUGGCACCGAUCGUGGCCCUUGCAAAUUCCAAAAUGGCAAAGUUGCUGCUUCUGUAGCCAACUUCAGUGUCAUUUCUAAAGAUGCCGAACAAAUUGCAGCUAACUUGGUCAAGAACGGCCCUCUAGCAAUUGCAAUCAAUGCAGUUUUCAUGCAGACCUACAUAGGGGGAGUCUCAUGCCCAUACAUAUGCUCUAAACGAAAUUUAAAUCACGGAGUGCUGCUCGUGGGGUAUGGGUCGGGGGCGUUCGCUCCCAUACGGUUGAAGGAGAAGCCCUAUUGGAUCAUAAAGAACUCGUGGGGAGAAAGAUGGGGAGAGAAUGGCUACUACUUUAUCUGCAAGGGACACAAUACCUGCGGGGCGGAGUCACUGGUCUCGUCCGUGGCUGCUACCCAAAACUGAAACCAAUUUAGGACUGUCAUCAAGGUAACUUGUUGGGGCUCUGUAAAUAUGUUAGUUAUAUUAUGGAGACUGGUGCGUUAAAUCAAACGCUAUUGAACUGAACUUGGUCGUCUCUUAGCUGCGAUAGAUAUUGCUGGUGCCUAGUGAUUAUGCUGUAUAAUUUGUAUGUUGAAGUAAUGUUGCACUCCGUAAACCUAUGGACUCUAGAAAUGCAGACGUUUUAAUUUAAUCCUAUGUUAUUGUAAUGUAUGUUUGUGUUUUCUA